UUUUCUACCUUGCUCUCGACUACCGCUGUAUGCUUUCCGGCAACCUCCCAGUUGGCCAAGAACCACACUUCUGGUGGCCCCGUGGUGGCUGAAGGACCUUGGAUGGACCAAGCAUUGACCACGGAGAUGAGAAUGAAUUUAAGGAAGCAGAAGACCGCCAUGGGCCAGUAAAUGAGUUCCGGAGAGGCAGGAAUUCAACAAUUGACAGUUUCUUCUGAACACCGAUGGACUCGGCCCAGCCUUGGAAGGAGAAGUUGAUACGUAAGGUGUAAGUUUUGAGGAAGAGGAGGAGAGGAGCUCCUUCGCACCCAUGUCGCUGGCCAUGAAAGCUCUGCAGAAGGUCAAACGGAAAGGACCGGCAAAGGAUCGAGUCUUUGGGUGUGAUCUGGUGGAACAUCUGCAAUCAUCUGGCCAUGACAUUCCCCAGGUCCUGAAGAUCUGCACGGAGUUUGUGGAACAGCAUGGGGUCAAGGAUGGCAUCUACCGGAUCUCCGGAAUCUCUUCAAACAUCCAAAAAUUAAGGCUUGAGUUCGACAAUGACUGCAAUCCUGACCUCAACAAAGAUGUGUAUCUGCAGGACAUCCACUGUGUGAGCUCCCUUUGCAAAGCUUACUUCAGGGAGCUGCCCAACCCACUCCUGACCUACCAGCUAUAUGAUAAGUUUGCAGAAGCUGUGGCCAUCCAGCUGGAAGAAAGCCGCCUGGAGAAGAUCAAAGAAGUGCUGAAGGAGCUGCCAUCACCACACCACCGCACCCUUGAAUUCUUGAUGAAGCACCUGGUGCGCAUGGCAUCGUUCAGUUCCCAGACCAAUAUGCACGCCCGGAACCUGGCUAUAGUCUGGGCCCCCAACCUGCUCAGGUCCAAGGACAUUGAAGUCUCGGGUUUCAAUGGCACCGCAGCCUUCAUGGAAGUCCGUAUCCAGUCCAUCGUGGUGGAGUUCAUCCUGAACCAUGUGGAACAGAUAUUUGGAAAUGCUCCUCUGGGCGGUGGUACCCGUGAAUCCAUCAGGAGGUCUCUGCUUGCUCUGUCCCCGGUGGUCCUACCUAAGUACUGCACCCCCUACCAUGUGCCCUCAAUGCUGAACCAGGGAGAUGGGCCUCCCCAGAUGAGACCCUACCACACCAUCAUCGAACUCAACGAAAGCAAAAGAAAAGGGUCCCUCAAAGCCAAGAAAUGGAAGUCCAUCUUCAACCUUGGACGAUCCAACCAGGACUCCAAACGCAAGUUGAAUAAGCCAGAAGACAAAGAUGAUAAACUGAGUAAGAUGCGCCUCCGUCCAGCCAAAAGUAUGGACUCCCUCAGCUGCGUGCCAUCUAUCGGUGACGACGAUGUCCACCUGGGGAGCGAGAUACCUCCGAAACUCGAAUGCUUUGAUGGCCCAGUUUCACUCGACAGCAGCUUCUCCGAAUCUGCACACAUAUCUGCCAAGAGCAAAUGUGAAGACAUGCAGGAGGAAGCCACCAAGUCGGAACCCACCACCCCUAAAACCAGCAGGUCUGGCCUCAUCGGAGGGACCUCUCAAGGACGUUCACCCAAGAGCUCCAGGAACCGGGCUGAGAAGUGUGCUGGGGUCCACAUCUCAGGGCCUUUCUCGGUCACCGUCCCCUUCCACAUCACCUCCAACCUCACUUUGUCCCGGCUGACCAGAGGUCUGGAGUGUCCAGCACUGGGCCUCUGCAACUUGGAGACUCCAGAGGUCGUUUCCUCCUCCAACGGAGAAGAUUUUCCCAAGGUGGCAGAAGACAAUGAGAUGUCUGCCCUCACUGCAAACAAGGAAGCAGAUGAAGGAACAAACUUCGAAGCUGAAAUGGAGAGCCGGAUGUCUAUGGAAGUUGAGGAUUCCUUCUCGUUCCUGGACAGCCCCGACGGCUGGAUUGACAACGUGAUGGAAGAAGAACAGCUGCAGACAGAUCCCGGGAAAGGCCCCGAGGUUCCCCCACGUGGCUUGGACACCUUCCCAAGCAUGGAAGAUGAUUUGGGAAGUGGGUUUAUGAACGAGAUGAUCGCAGCUGGGAUGGAGCCGGAGAUGUAUUCUACGCUGCCCUACCUGGAUUACCUGUCCAUUGAAGAAUGCAUGAAUGAACAUUCGGAAGGAGAAGAUGACCAGUAUUAUCUCGCCAUGGGAUUCAUUGAAGAAGAGCCAUCUAAAGAGGUUGAUGCUGAAGAAGUCUAUCUGAGCGCUUUUGAUGAUCUCAGCCCCAUAGCUAGCAAACUAGAACACCUUCAGCAAUCAGAUGCAGGUCAAACUCUUCGCAUCCCCUCUCCCAAACUCACUGUGGAAGACCAGAUCUCCAAGGUGGCUACAGAAACCUUGGUUGAAAACCCAAAGAACUCACACUUACCUGAACCUAGCCUGGAACCUCAACAAGGGGAUGAGGAGGUUACAACUAGGUCAACUUGUGAAUUAGUCAUAACCAAGGACCUGGAUCCAAAAUUAGCUAAGUCACCUGAAGUGGAACUGGGUGCCAGAAGCAACCCCAAUGAAAUGGAAAGCCCCCUGACUGACAAAGCUGAGGUAGAACCCAUUUUUUCAAUGUUGCAAAUCAAAGAUGCAAAUGUUGGGAGUGAAGUUGGUCUCUUGGUCCCCAAAACUGGAUGCCCUGAAGAAGUCACUUUCCAAAAUUCUCUGGAUUCAGAAGCUGGGGGAAGAAAUGCUGAGGACGGUAAGGUAGAACCCAUUAUUUCAUCAUUGCAGAUAGAAGAUAGAAACGGAGUGGAUUUCUUUGUCCCAAAAACUGGAUGCCUUGAAAAAGUUGCCGGCCAAACACCUCAGGAUCCAGAGUCUGAAAACCAACCAAUCAAAACAAGUGUUGAAGAGAAGUGGCAAUCUCAGAGCCCACCUGAAAGUGAACAGAUUCCCCAUAUUCCUUGCAGCAUGAGAGUAGAACUUCUUCCAGAGGUGGUUGGAAGAUCCAACAAACCCUUAGGUAAUACCCUUGUGCUUCAAGAGACGGGAGAAAUGCCCCAUGGAGAUGUUGCACAAACUGCUUCAUCUAUGGAGCAACUCAACAUACUUCAAAGUCUGAUUCCUUCUCUACUGGACAAUAAUUCUGAGAAUGUAAGCUUCCCAGUACCGAAUUCAGAGCAUACAUCUUAUUAUUAUUAUUCUUUCCCUGCCUCUUUGUCUGAUAGUUGCAUGGACUCUGAAGAUUUCUCCCUCACAGCCUCUUCUCCAAAACCUUGCCUGGAAAAUCUUCUGCAGAAAUCUCAGCUUGGAUUGCCAGUGGAAGCUUCAUAUGCUCCAAAACAUGACUUCUUGGAUGGAAGGGUUGAGAUGAAGUUGACAUCUACCAUGCCCCGAAUUCAGCAAGUGAAAUCAUUCCCGGUGGUGCCCCCGAAGCCUCAAUUCGCUAAGGUGCCUCCUGCCUUAAAGCCAGUGAUUCCCAGCAAGGAAUGUCUCGCCACUGUUCCGCUGAAGACCUGUGAGAACGGGACCAAGCAGGAAUUCAUCCAAAGCUCUUUGAAAAGGCCUUUCCACCUGACCAGCUCUGACCAGACCAAAAACAGCAACCAAAAGGCAGAACAUUCCCCAGCAUCUCCUAGCCUGUCCAGCUCUUCUGAGAAUUGUUACGGCCAUUCAGAAGUCCUUCCAAAGCAACGCAACUCCUUGCCUGUGAGCUUGGAUAUGUUCAGCAAGGACCAUAAGAACAUGGAGGACAACACCCCAAAGCCGCCUCCGGUUUCACAGGACAAAUGCUUUUCGUGGUCCAAGAGUGGAGAAACGGGAGGCAGCAGCCUUCAUUUCACGAAGGGCAGUUUGGAGAAACAGAACAGCAGCCAACACGACGAAGGGAAGGGACAUCUCUAUGGAGCAGAGAGGUCCACCAAAGAGGCCUUGGAGAGCGGCACUCCUCAGAAGCAGCGCUGGACCAACUGGCACUGUCGUGGAAGCAUGUCAUUCGAUGAGGCUGUGGCCCUCGCCAAGGAUAAGCAUGUGCCCCAGGCUCCCAUGCGGAGAAUGCAAACCUAUUCCUACGGUGACAUGGACGGUUCACACGGAUCCUUCAAAAUGGAGAAGACUUCUACUCCCCACAAGCCUGUUCUGAGGUCUCCUCAAAGGCCGCUGAGUUGCAUGAGCCCAGCUGGGCCUUCGGAAGCUCACCUUUCGGGAAAGAUGCCUUGUUCUCCAGGGUUGCCUGACAACAUCCCCAAAGGUGUGCCCACCCCGAGACUGGAAGGCUCCAAUUCUUACUCUCAGGACUUCCCUCCGAGGAGUAGAGUGAGCUUAUCCAAGAUAGGGCGGCGUUUGUCCGUGUCUGAUGAAGCAUGCUUUGGAUUGUCCCAUGAGCGGAGAUGACUGGUUGGCCCCAACUAGUCCUACCGUGGGGCCACUUUGGGCCACCCUGAAUUGGUGGGGGCUCCCACCAUGAUAUACUCCUUAGAACCUGAAGCUCAGAUCAAGGCAGAGAUCUGUCUAACUCAGCCUUUCUCAAGCUGGGGUCCAAACAGUGUCUCUUUCUAAACCAGGGAUCUCCAACCUUGGCAAUUUUAAGACUUGUGGACUUCUACUCCUAGAAUUUUGUUCUAAGCAAACAAAAAUACUAUGAUAAUAAUGGUUCAAAGGAAAAGAGAAUACAAAGGUCAAAUUUAUCUUUUGCUGGUUUUUAAAAUAUUCACAAAUCCUGAUAUAUUAAGAGCAUUAUAAAGAGCCCAGACAGGUUCUUCCCAUUUAGUGACUAUCUUGUUUACUGACCAUUUGCAAUAACAAGAAGUAACAGGUGGAAAUUUAUCAGAGAAGCAGCUUAGAACUAAGGAAGAAUUUCCUGAG